GCUUAUAACUUCUUUCGGAAAAAUGUGUAUAUAUCGCCGGGAGCGUCCACGACUCGGGCAUCUCGCGGUGUCGUUGGACAACUGUAUAAAAAAUGGUCCAUCCGACGUGCUCAAGAACCUCGAGGAUUACGGGAAAAUAUGCAGUUUGGCCUGCGGCUCUUUGCUCGUUGUUUCAUGGCUGUUGACCGUAGUUUUUUUAAGCGCCCCAAUUUUGCUUAACGAAAGAGUUUUACCGUUCGCUUCGUACUACCCGUUUGACUAUGACAAUUCAACUAUUUUGUAUGUAAUUGCUUAUGGACACGAGGCCGUUUUGACAUGUCUCGGAUGUUGCACAAUGUCAACCGAGAUAACUUUCGUAUGGUCGAUAUUUCACUGUUGCUCUCGUCUUCGUGUUCUGCGUCACGAACUCUCGAACCUUUCCAAUCUCGAGAACAACGACGAUGAAAAGUUUCCUGAUAAAAUAAGUUCGAAACUAUCUUCCCUGAUGGACCUUCAUUACGAAGUUUUGAGGGACUUGGUCGAAAUCAAUUUGGCCUACACGUACAUCACUUCGGUACUCUUCUUCGCUGCUCUCAUUGCUAUUUGUUGCGCUGGCCUUCAAAUUACGGGAAGUUCCUUGGAAUCCAGUAAUUGGACGGCUGGACUUUUCCUCGUCCUUGCAAUGUAUUAUGCAGAGCAAUUAUUGUUUUAUUAUUUGCCAGGGGAAAUUGUUGCGCAAGAGGCAAUGGGGGUAGCUUUCGCAGCAUACACGAGCGGUUGGGAAACUCUGGAUGUCAAAUAUCGAAAAACUAUUGGCUUGAUUAUAAUGAGAAGUCAAUUGCCACCGAGACUUUUCGUCGGACAACUCAUUCCAUUGCGACUGGAAAAUUACGGUGCCUUCUUGACAACUACGGCCUCAUAUUUCACGUCGAUUCGCGCGGUCGCCUAGGUUUCCUCAGAUCCUACAAAAUCAAUAAAAAUCCAGAAAAUUGUUAUCACAUUUUGUGUCUUUAUAGAAAUAAUUGAAUCGGUG